AUGGAGGAUUCUCCGGAGGCCGCCCCCCCAAUCGGGGGCGAGCGGCUCAACCGUCAAAAGCUGUCUGGAGGGAAGUCCAUCCUGGGCCGCAAGAAACGCGUGGCAGAGAACAAAGGAAAGAACAAGAAAGCUAAGACGAAGGCGCGUGACUUGAGGCGGCUUCUACUGAAAAAGAAAGACGUGCUGCCUCCCGAAGUUGUGGCUCGUAUGGAAGAGCAGAUCAGCGCUCUGGAUAGGGAAGCUGUUCAAGACAAGAAGAGUGAAAAGCGAAAGAGAUUCGUGGUGAAGAGGAAACAGCUCUACGACAAGCUCAAGUUUUACGAAGGACAAAAGGUUCGACGUAAGAUCAAGGCGGAGCGCCGGACUCUUUCAGACCUACUCCGGCGGCGGCGCGAUGCGGUGGACGAUGGCCCAGAAGAGAUUCACUCGCUAGACGCCUCGAUUGAAGAACAUCAAGCCGCACUCAGGAAACACCUCGACGACUUGAACUACAUUCUGCGAUACCCGGCAGACGAGCCCUACAUCGCCCUGUUCCCUUCUGGAGGGCCGGUUUCCGAGGAAACGGAGAAGAAACGGGAAGCCAUGAGAGCCAAAAUUAGGCAGCAGAUGCUGCAAGAGCGGAUCGAAGACGACGGCGACGACGACGCAGAAGGUGGUGAAGAAGACGCUUUCUUUCUGGCUGAGAAGCCUGCGGGGCCGCCAGUGCCGACGUCCACGACGUUUGAGUCAGAUGGGUCGGAUGCGGCUGAAGACGAGGCUGUAGAGCAUGACGUGGCUGAUCCCUUCGCAGAGGCGCCGGACUGGGCGGACCAAGACGAGCAGGGGCGGAAAAGGGGGUGGCAAGGUAGGCGCGGAACUUCUAGAGGAGGGCCUGCAGAUCGCAAGCGCGAACGGAGUUCGCACGAGCACAGCUUCCACGAGGCCGACGCUCAAAAGAGAAGUCGGCACGACGCACACGACGCGAUACGCCGAGGCGGGAAAGGCGGGAGAGGCGGGUCGUUUCCUCAGCGAGGGCAGUCGCGAGAUCAAACCCGCGGAGGAGAGGAAGAAGGCAGGCGAAAUCCGCGUUUCGCUGCGCGCGGGAGAGGCAAAGGGGGCUCGGGCUUGGGGUCCGCACGAGAACGGUCGGCAGAAGCAAAGGAAAGUGGAGAGGGAAGCGCCGACAGACGAAACAGAGAAGGACCGAACCACAGAGACAGGGAGAGACCGCGCUUCCAAAAGGAAGGCGGGGCCAGGGGAGAAGACGCCGGAAAACAGGCUGGACACAUUGGCCUGUCGAAAAAAUACGCAGGCGCGACCGGGAAGCACACUGUGUUUGAGUCGGAUUCCGAGUAA